AUGGGCAGCCUCGCCGGCGGGGUGGUGGCCAGGAGGCUACGGUUCUUGUGCCUACACGGGUUCCGGACCAGCGGUGAAAUCAUGCUGAAGCAGGUGGUGGGGAAUUGGCCCGACGAGGUCACGGCGCGCUUCGACCUCGUCUUCGCCGACGCUCCCUUCCCCGCCGAGGGCAAGUCAGACGUCGACGACAUCUUCGACCCGCCCUACUACGAGUGGUUCCAGUUCGACAAGGUCCUCCACCCUCCACCUUCCCCCCUUCCUCCCGUAUUCUACUACGAGUGGUCUGUUAUUCAAAUUUGA